AAGUAGAGAUUUCCACGCAGAAGCGGACUGUCUGUCUAGCGCUGCCGUGUCCCAUAAUUUCUGUUCCGUCUGUCACAGCACCUUCUUCCUUUCCUUCCCUGUCCCCUGGGCGAGGGUGAGGUUUAGCUGGUGGCUUCUCCCGCUCCUUCUUCUUUACCCGGUUCUGCACCUCCAUCCACGGACAGGAUGCUGAAGAAAUUUGACAAGAAGGAUGAGGAGUCAGGUGGAGGUUCCAAUCCAUUCCAACACUUGGAAAAAAGUGCUGUGCUGCAAGAAGCCCGAGUAUUCAAUGAGACACCUAUAAAUCCUCGGAAAUGUGCUCAUAUCCUCACAAAGAUUUUGUAUCUCAUAAACCAGGGAGAGCAUCUUGGUGUGAUGGAAGCCACUGAAUCGUUCUUUGCAAUGACCAAGCUGUUCCAAUCCAAUGAUCCAACUCUCCGCAGAAUGUGUUACCUGACCAUCAAAGAGAUGUCUAGCAUUUCGGAAGAUGUCAUUAUAGUAACCAGCAGCUUAACAAAAGAUAUGACAGGAAAGGAUGACAACUAUAGAGGCCCUGCUGUGCGAGCCCUCUGCAAAAUUACAGACACCACCAUGCUGCAAUCUAUUGAGCGCUACAUGAAGCAGGCGAUCGUCGACAAGGUUUCCAGUGUAUCCAGCUCUGCCUUGGUGUCAUCUUUGCACCUUCUAAAGACAAGUUUUGAUAUAGUGAAACGUUGGGUGAAUGAAGCUCAGGAGGCAGCAUCUAGUGACAAUAUCAUGGUCCAAUAUCAUGCUCUUGGCUUGCUGUAUCACAUUCGCAAGAAUGAUCGCUUGGCUGUCAACAAGAUGCUAAAUAAGUUCAUGCGUCAUGGAUUGAAGUCACCUUUUGCCUAUUGCAUGAUGAUCCGAGUCGCCAGUAAACUGCUUGAAGAAGAAGCUGGAGGCCGGGAUAGUCCGCUGUUUGAUUUCAUUGAAAACUGCUUACGGAACAAGCAUGAAAUGGUGGUCUAUGAAGCAGCAUCGGCCAUUGUUAACCUGCCUGAAUGCACAGCUAAGGAACUAGCGCCUGCUGUGUCUGUGUUGCAGCUGUUCUGUAGUUCACCCAAAGCAGCUCUUCGGUACGCAGCUGUCCGAACCCUCAACAAGGUUGCCAUGAAGCAUCCAUCUGCUGUAACUGCCUGUAACCUUGACUUGGAGAAUCUCGUGACCGACUCUAACCGCAGCAUUGCUACUUUGGCCAUCACAACUCUACUAAAAACUGGCAGUGAGAGUAGCAUUGACCGUCUCAUGAAACAGAUCUCCUCAUUCAUGUCUGAAAUCUCAGAUGAGUUCAAGGUUGUGGUGGUUCAGGCUAUCAGUGCCCUCUGUCAAAAAUAUCCACGCAAGCAUGCGGUCCUCAUGAGUUUCCUCUUCACAAUGCUACGUGAGGAGGGUGGCUUUGAAUACAAACGUGCCAUUGUUGAAUGUAUCAUCAGUAUCAUAGAAGAAAAUGCUGAAAGCAAGGAAACCGGCCUCUCCCACCUAUGCGAGUUCAUUGAGGAUUGUGAGUUCACUGUCCUGGCCACCCGAAUUCUCCACUUGCUGGGCCAGGAGGGGCCAAAGACCAACAAUCCUUCAAAAUAUAUUCGCUUCAUUUACAACAGAGUCGUCUUGGAACAUGAAGAAGUCAGGGCAGGUGCAGUAAGUGCUCUGGCUAAAUUUGGGGCUCAAAAUGAGGAAAUGCUACCAAGCAUCCUAGUGUUACUGAAAAGGUGUGUGAUGGAUGAUGACAACGAAGUCAGAGACAGGGCUACCUUCUACUUAAGUGUAUUGGAGCAGAAGCAAAAGGCCCUCAAUGCUGGCUACAUUCUGAACGGAUUGACAGUAUCUAUCCCUGGCUUAGAGAGGGCUCUGCAUCAAUAUACUCUGGACCCCUCUGAAAAACCCUUUGACCUCAAGUCCGUUCCCUUGGCAACCACCCCCAUCAUUGAACAAAGAGCAGAAAACACUCCCACCUCUGCAGUGAAACAAUUAGACAAAAUAGCAACAACCCGGCAAGAUAUAUUCCAAGAGCAAUUGGCUGCUAUUCCAGAGUUCCAGGGUCUUGGCCCACUGUUCAAGUCCUCUUCUGAGCCAGAGGCACUUACAGAAUUGGAAACAGAAUAUGUGAUCUAUUGUACAAAGCACACAUUCUCCAAACACAUGGUGUUCCAGUUUGACUGCACAAAUACACUGAAUGAUCAGAUUCUGGAAAAUGUCACAGUGCAAAUGGAGCCAACGGAGGGAUAUGAGGUCAUUGCUUAUAUACCUGCCAAAAGCUUGCUCUACAAUCAGCCUGGUACUUGUUACACUUUGAUUGCUUUGCCUGAAGAGGAUCCCACAGCAGUGGCUUGCACUUUCAGCUGCAUGAUGAAAUUCACUGUGAAAGAUUGCGAUCCAAACACCGGUGACACUGAGGAAGAGGGCUAUGAGGAUGAAUAUGUGCUAGAAGAUCUGGAAGUAACUGUAGCAGAUCACAUCCAAAGAGUUUUGAAGCCAAAUUUUGCAGCAGCUUGGGAAGAAGUUGGUGAUGAAUUUGAAAAAGAAGAGACUUUCACAUUGUCUACUGUUAAAACACUGGAAGAGGCAGUGGGCAAUAUUGUGAAAUUCCUGGGAAUGCAACCAUGUGAGCGGUCAGAUAAAGUCCCUGAUAACAAGAACUCACAUACCUUGUACCUGGCAGGUGUAUUUCGAGGUGGUCAUGACCUCUUGGUUCGUUCUCGCCUUGUCCUCACAGAAAUUGUGACAAUGCAAGUCACAGCUCGGAGUAAAGAAGAACUUCCCGUGGAUAUUGUUAUGAGUUCUGUUGGCUAAGCUCAUUUUCAGGCUAUCUGUUUCAGACACCAAGGCUGAAGGGAGAAUUAAAGGUCUCUUUCUACUGCUCUGGACAUUGGGAGAAAUAUUAGAACGCUGGCACCAGUUCUUUCUCUAAUUAGAAAUGAAAGCUACGUGUGUAAGUUUAUAACCACAAGAAUGUUUCUGUGAAAUACUGAAUUGGUUAUUUCUUCGUGUUUGCCAGGCUACUUCAAAAGAACAUCCCUUUUAUACCAAGGUGCCUAAUAACACUAAAGUAGUUGGCUCUAGUUCCUGUUUUAGUCACCAUGUGUCAGAUUCCUUAUGUGAUUAGCCAGACUCUUUACAACUGGGGCAAUUGUUAUAUUUCAUGACCUUUCUAAACCCUUACAUAUAUAUUAUAAAAUAAAAAUAUGGAUUUUAUUCCAGCAACGCCGCUACUCUCAAGAAUAUGAAAAUACAUUUUAUCUCUUGCACAAAUGAUAUUGAAAAGACAUUCACAACACACAGGUCUAGUUGAUUUGGUUGUUUUAUAUCAAACUUGCCUUCAUUUUCAAAUUGUUAAUAUCAGUUGUAGGCAGCCUGAUUUGAAGAAGUCCUAGGGUGAAAAAGAAUCAGGAAUAUGAAUUUCACAAGAAACUGGCAGAUAAUCUAGAGUAAAAAACCAGAAUGAAAAAAUGCUGAAGCAUCCUUUAUUUCAAAUCAUGUCAUUUUUCUGUAUUGAUAUUUAGAAAAGGUGAUAUUUAAGGAAAUUGCUCAUUUUCAUAUUGCUUCAUGUUUCUAAAAGUCAUUUGUUUCAGUAAAACAGCCUAAGUUGUUCUAUGAGUGGGCAUCUAUUACUGUGGUUGGGUUUGAUUUUGUAAAGGCUGAUAUUGUGCUUUGUUCUGUUCUGACGAGAUUUUAUACAUAAAUGUUGUGCCAUAUAAUGAAAGAAUAAACAAUGUUUAACAUUCUUA